AUGCCAAUGAAUCUGAAGGUCAACUUCAGCACUACGAAGCUUGCUGACUGGGAGGGAAGGAUGAGUCGCCACCAAGACCGAAGUCUCUCGUAUCAACCAGUCUUGCCCAGUCACGCAGUGAAAAUGCAUCGUUUACCUUCUCAACCGGCUCAUCUCGCUUGCCAAGCUCAGAACAAGCUCAGUUCCAAAUGGAAGGCGAAGAAAAAGGCUCACCCUACCGAAGUUCAUAGCCUAACCCAUCGUUCUCCCUCAAUUCCAGCGCUCACAUAUGCCGGGGGCUCAAAGACUUGUUCCCCCACCAUUCCCACCAUCGCAAUCGACAAUGCUAUAGAUGCUAUCAGUGGAGCCGAUGCUGAUGGGGAGGUGUGGACUGAGGAAGAUGUGCUAGCUGCUUUCAGUAUCUGUCCGCUUGAUGCUCUAGAUGAUGUGGCUGGCGAGGAUGAUGAUGCAUUCAGUGACACCUUCACUAGCGACUUCACUGAUGACUCGGACGACCCCGAUGCAGCCAAGGAAAUGGGUAAAUGCCCCAGCAAGGGAACAGGGAACGUGCUCACCAACAUCGAGCUCCAGAUCAUUGGAAUGAAUCUGAAGACCCUCUUCGAGAAUGGCUUGAUGAAACAAUGCCUCGGGUGGCUGUAUGUUCCCCUUCACCCAGCUAUGUCACUUCUCAUAUCUGUCUCAUUUCAGCAAUCACUGACCCAUACAGUACAUCAGUUUGGUUCAUCUGUCAAGCUUAAUAAGGGCCAGGGUGCCGACCGCAAAAAGCAGGGAUUCUGCAAAUUCCUAUAG